AUGUUCGUCGGUUUCAACGGGAUCUUGAACGUGGAAUGUGCGAGUCAUCAGAGAACACACACGGGCGAGAAGCCAUUCCUGUGCCCUGUGUGCGGGAAGACAUUUGCACAAUCGACAACUCUUCAAACUCAUCAGAGAACGCACACGGGCGAGAAGCCAUUCCUGUGCCCUGUGUGUGGGAAGGCAUUUGCACGGUCAUCAACUCUUCAAACUCAUCAGAGAAUGCACACGGGCGAGAAGCCAUUCCUGUGCCCUGUGUGUGGGAUGACAUUUGCAAAGUCAUCAAAUCUUCAUAGUCAUCAGAGAACACACACGGGCGAGAAGCCAUUCCUGUGCCCUGUGUGUGGGAAGACAUUUGCAAAGUCAUCAAAUCUUCAUAGUCAUCAGAGAACACACACGGGCGAGAAGCCAUUCCUGUGCCCUGUGUGUGGGAAGGCAUUUGCAGACUCAUCAACUCUUCAUAGUCAUCAGAGAACACACACGGGCGAGAAGCCAUUCCUGUGCCCUGUGUGUGGGAAGGCAUUUGCAGACUCAUCAACUCUUAAUAGUCAUCAGAGAACACACACGGGCGAGAAGCCAUUCCUGUGCCCUGUGUGUGGGAAGACAUUUGCAAAGUCAUCAAAUCUUCAUAGUCAUCAGAGAACACACACGGGCGAGAAGCCAUUCCUGUGCCCUGUGUGUGGGAAGGCAUUUCCCAAGUCUGGUGUUCUUAAGAGACACCAGAGAACACACACGGGUGAGAAGCCAUUCCUGUGCUCUGUGUGUGGGAAAACAUUUGCACACUCAUCACAUCUUCAGAGUCAUCAGAGAACACACACAGGCGAGAAGCCAUUCCUGUGCCCUGUGUGUGGGAAGACAUUUGCACAGGCAUCAGCUCUUCAAACUCACCAGAGAACACACACGGGCGAGAAGCCAUUCCUGUGCCCUGUGUGCGGGAAGACAUUUGCACAAUCGACAACUCUUCAAACUCAUCAGAGAACGCACACGGGCGAGAAGCCAUUCCUGUGCCCUGUGUGCGGGAAGACAUUUGCACAAUCGACAACUCUUCAAACUCAUCAGAGAACACACACGGGCGAGAAGCCAUUCCUGUGCCCUGUAUGUGGGAAGACAUUUGCACACUCAUCACAUCUUCAGCGUCACCAGAGAACACACACGGGCGAGAAGCCAUUCUUGUGCCCUGUGUGUGGGGAGGCAUUUGCACACUCAUCAAACAUGAACAGGCAUCAGAAGCCCCACGCACACGGAGGCAAGAAGCCAUUCAAUUGCUCUGUGUGUGGGAAGUCCUUUUCACGGCCAUCACAUCUUCAGAGUCACCAGAGAACACACACGGGCGAGAAGCCAUUCCUGUGCCCUGUGUGUGGGAAGACAUUUGCAAGGUCAUCACAUCUUCAGAUUCAUCAGAGAACACACACGGGCGAGAAGCCAUUCCUGUGCCCUGUGUGUGGGAAGAAAUUUGCAAACUCAUCACAUCUUCAUAGUCAUCAGAGAACACACACGGGCGAGAAGCCAUUCCUGUGCCCUGUGUGUGGGAAGAAAUUUGCAAGGUCAUCACAUCUUCAGAUUCAUCAGAGAACACACACGGGCGAGAAGCCAUUCCUGUGCUCUGUGUGUGGGAAGGCAUUUUCACAUUUGACCAACGUAAGAAUUCACCAGAGAACGCACACGGGUGAGAAGCCAUUCCUGUGCUCUGUGUGUGGGGAGGCAUUUGCACGGGCAUCAACUCUUCAAACUCAUCAGAGAACACACACGGGUGAGAAGCCAUUCCUGUGCCCUGUGUGUGGGAAGGCAUUUGCACACUCGUCAACUCUUCAAGACCAUCAGAGAACACACACGGGAGAGAAGCCAUUCCUGUGCCCUGUGUGUGGGAAGGCAUUUGCACAGUCAUCACAUCUUCAGAGUCAUCAGAGAACACACACGGGAGAGAAGCCAUUCCUGUGCCCUGUGUGUGGGAAGACAUUUGCAAAGUCAUCACAUCUUCAGAGUCACCAAAAAACACACACGGGCGAGAAGCCAUUCCUGUGCCCUGUGUGUGGGAAGACAUUUUCAUGGUCAUCACAUCUUCAGCGUCACCAGAGAACACACACGGGCGAGAACCCAUUCCUGUGCUCUGUGUGUGGGAAGACAUUUGCACAGUCAUCACAUCUUCAGAGUCACCAGAAAACACACACGGGCGAUAAGCCAUUCCUGUGCUCUGUGUGUGGGAAGGCAUUUUCACAGUCUGAUUACUUGGUGAAACACCAGAGAACACACACGGGCAAGAAGCCGUUCCUUUGCCCUGUGUGUGGGAAGGCAUUUGCACAAUCGUCAACUCUUCAAACUCAUCAGAGAACGCACACGGGCGAGAAGCCAUUCCUGUGCCCUGUGUGUGGGAAGGCAUUUGCACGGUCAUCAACUCUUAAAACUCAUCAGAGAACGCACACGGGCGAGAAGCCAUUCCUGUGCCCUGUGUGUGGGAAGGCAUUUGCACAAUCAUCAACUCUUCAAAACCAUCAGAGAACACACACGGGCGAGAAGCCAUUCCUGUGCCCUGUGUGUGGGAAGGCAUUUUCACAGUCG